ACGUGCCGACGUAACACGAGUUGUUCGCUCGUGCGUUCACGUGCGGCAGAAGACAAGAGCAGAGGUUGGCUGGAUGAGAGGGUAUCACCAAUUUACUCGGCCACGCGCAGCUUCAUAAAUAGCCGUGGCGAGAACAUGCCAGGCUGGAGAAGAGGUCUGUUGCACCACAACGAAGUGCUUCCAUCUGGGUAUAUCACUGCGCUACCUCUGACAGAGAUAUGAACAUUUCCAUCAGUGUAAUAGAGCUCACUGACCCUCGAUACACCCUCACCUGUGAUGUGAUGAAUGUCAGCGCUGGGAUAACCUACACCUGUGUGCACCUGUAGACAGACUUACCUGGAUAUUUACCUGUUCAAUCCACAACUUGGAUUACAUGUAAAUGUGGUGUUGGAAGAUUGUGUGCUAAGUAUUAUAUUAUAAUAACAUUUGUUGAUUUAACAUAAUCACUAGAACAGUGAUGAGUUAUUUUACGUUACACCUGAAUUAACGUUACACCUGAAUUUAACGUUACACCUGAAACUGUUGUCACCUGUGGAACCAGUGUGAGGGCACACCCAGAUGUCAAUACUCUCCAUGUGACGACGGAGUGUUCACACACAGUGGUAGAGAGGUACAUACAAGUCUUCCGUCUGACACAGGAUGAGUGCGGCCAGCGGGAUGUCGGAGCCGACCACGGUGAGCACGGGCUCCACCCUCAGACCCUACCUCAGGAGGAAGAAGUCGUCCCUUGGGGAGACCAAGGUGGCUGUCCUGGGCAUGGAGGGGGUCGGGAAGAGCGCUCUGUCCGUGAGGUUCCUGACUAAACGGUUCAUCGGAGAGUACGACCAGUCUAUGGAGACCAAGUACAAGUGCACCACAAGCAUAGAGGGGGAGUCUAUAGCAUUUGAAUUGCUGGACACUCGAUCAUUUAACGAUGACCACGGGGCGAGAGAGGAGGUACUACGUUGGGCGGAUGGAUUCAUGUUGGUGUACUCCGUGACCAGCCGGAAGAGCUAUGACAUACUGCAGGAUGUGCGGAGGAAGAUAGAAGAAGCCAAAAAAGCCGCUCACGCACCUGUCAUCGUUGUCGGGAACAAAGCUGACCUUGCUCACGUGCGUCAGGUCACACAAGAUGAAGGACAGAAGCUUGCCGCCGAAUUCAGCUGUGCCUUCCUGGAGGUAUCGGCGUCCGAGGACGUCCUCAAGGUCAUCGAAGCCUUCCAUAUCCUGUGUAAGGAGAUCAUCGAGUUUAAACGUCGGUCAAGGACAUUCUUAGACAGAGUGUUUGGCCUGAAGAAGUCAUGACGUCAUCAAUGUGUGUAGAGCCAUCAUUCCAUUAGCGGCUAGGUCGUGACGACUGGAUGCCGGACGCGUGCAAUUACCGGAAUUUGUGACAUUUUGGGUAUUGUUUACAACAUGAUCUGUCCCAGGGUUUAUAGUGUGUCGGGUUGACAACUUUGCCAAUGUCCCGAUUUGGACUUCAGAUUUGGAGUCAUACGUAGUGUCCGACACUGUCCAUGUUUGUUAUCACCAAUGAUCCAGUAUGCUGGCUUGACAAGGUCAGUUCUGCACCACUGCAUGACCACCCAUGGAUAUAGUGUAAUCACAAACACCACCAACAGAUAUAGUGUAAUCACACAGACCACCAACAGAUAUAGUGUGAUCACACAGACCACCCAUGGAUAUAGUGUAAUCACACAGACCACCAACAGAAACGAUGCAAAGACACCGACAGAAGUUAUGUAGAGUCCACGUACAGUGCACGAAUGCUGUGCAAUGUGUGUAUAAGCCCUCAAUCAAAGUGGUUCUUUGUUCAUUUGACUCUACUGUUAUUCUGUAAGCAACAUUAUGGCGAGAAUUCAAGUGACCCGGAAAUAUUUGACAUCACAUGGUUCUGAAACAUCACGACCUAAUCAGUGAACAGUAAAAUGACGAAUUAUACGACUCAAGGCAACACUCAUAGUUGGACCACAAGUCAUGGUAGAUUACCUACAGUCAUGUGAGAAUAUCGAGUGUUAUUUUGAGUAAUAUAUAUCUGGUGCAUGUAAUUCCAUAGUAGGGCAUGACAGGUCGCUACGUUGGACACGUGUUCCGACAUGGAUAUGUAACCGGGACAAAUCUGGAGUUUGUUAUAAUCCCAAUGUCCGUCACUUGGGCCACAGUGGUGGACAAACAACUAAAGCAUGUGUUCGUCAAUCACUAUGCGCCACGGCAUGGUAUGUUAGUAUGUGUGUACAAGGGGUUGUAUCACUUGUUUUAGACGGCAGUCGACAGUCAUUUGCCUAGUGUCAGUUUCUCAUAGUACUGACUGCCAGUACAGUGUGGCUGGAUCCCUGUGUUAGGAUGACUGAUUCAACAUGACCGGAAACCAGAUGCACUUGUGUCACCUCCUUGCCUUAGGACUGUAUGCGGCCCCGAAUAACUGUACUGUCUACUAAACAGCAUUGUUAGUGGUUUUGAUUCUGUUUAUUAAAACACCUCCAUGUGAA